CUACUAGCUACUAGCUAUGGCUCUAAAGCAGCUCAAGGAAGAGCAGAGUCAAUUCUGUCUCAAUAAUGAAAGUAAUAAAGAUUCUGAUGAUGAGGAAGAUUUAAUGUCUCCUAAGGAUAGCAAGAUCAUUCAGUUUAUCAAUAAUGAUUUAUGGGGAAAAACAAAAAGGAGAGGCCCUCAGUCUGAUUCUCCAACCAAGGCAUGUGAAGCACUAGGCUGUAGAAAUAAAUUUGAAGAAAAGUUAUACUUUGCAGUGAGAUUUGCAUGUAGGGAGAGGGAGGAUCACCCGAUCAUUUGUGAAACUUGUUUUUAUAAAUCCGAUUGCCCAAACCACAGAGAAGGCCUCUCUGUUGAUCACAAUGACUAUAAAGCUGACAAUGAUACUCAAGCUUGGCCCUAACUUUGACUUGGCAGGUGUAGAGUUUGCUAUCUCAUGUGUAUAGUAAACUGUGUGUGUGUGUUCUAUGUUAUCAUACAAUUGUUUGACGACAUUGUAACCUAUUCAGAUAAGAUGUACUUUUGUAGCACUUUUAAAAACA